AUUCAGGAACCAAAAUUAAAGGGGCGUUCCAAACCCGCGAUGUUGAUCAGUAUCCAUAAAUAAAUACUACAGAAUAAUUAUAACUUGGGGGGCGAUCAUGCUCAUGUUUUCCAUCAUUAGUAUGCGAUGGCAGAUAAACAUAGUGUGCGUUCAACUGCUUGUCUGCAAAUUCCCCAGGUUUGUGCAGGUGUUCACCUGCAUUUGGAUGUUCAUAUUCAAGCUGCCCCUUAUGUGGCAAUGUUAAGGUAGAGACAACAAUUACUGUCUGUCCCUGCCCCUUUUGCUAAUUAGCCAGUAUUGAGUCAUUAAACGCUCCAGGAUGCAUGAGACGUAACACUGAGGUGACUGAUCCAGUGACCUAAAGCAAACAGCCCCCUUCUCUCUCUAAGCUCUUAUUUUGUAGCCGUCUGACCCUCGUUAUAAUAAAAUAAAACACACCUGACGUGGAACUAUCAACAGCUACAAAGUGUUUACAACAAAACAUGGUGAGUGCCUGUAUCACUUCAGAGGUUUAAUGAAUCAGAGACGCCCUAUAAUGUUUUACAGGACAACCCUUUACCGUAAGGCGCCAGUCGCUAUGACGUAGUUAUAAAGCGACGGAAGCGUUAGCUUUGCUGCUAGUUACGUUAGCUCACAAUCCAAAGAGAGGCAACUGACAGCUUCACUGUUUAUGGAGGCGAGGUUUCAUGCCGGUAGAUGGUCCAGCCACCGUCCCGCUGCCCACUAGUACUUUGGUCAGCUUCUAACCGGCAGACGUGAUGGCAGAGGAGGGGGAUUUAUCCGCAAACCUGCCGAGAGGGGACAUGGAGCGCAGCAAUGGCGACUUCGUCCCCCCUGAAGGUUUAUGCUGGCUGUCAGUGCUGUCCUGCCUGCUGCUCGCUUGCUCUUAUGUCGGCAGUUUGUACGUGUGGAGGAGCGAUCUGCCGAGGGACCACCCCACCGUGAUAAAGAGGCGCUUCACCAGCGUGCUGAUCGUGUCGGCUCUGUCGCCUCUCUUCGUGUGGGCUUGGAGGGAGUUCACGGGUGUCAGGACUGACUGGUCUUUACUGGCUCUCAUGGGGAUCCGGUUUGAGGGCCUCAUUCCUGCCAUCAUACUUCCUCUUCUUCUAACCAUGGUCCUGUUUCUGGGCCCCCUCAUGCAGUUGGCCAUGGACUGUCCCUGGAGCUUCAUGGAUGGGAUCAGGGUGGCCUUUGACCCGUGUUUUUGGAUGUUGUGUGUCAGUGACAUGCGCUGGUUGAGGAACCAGGUGGUGGCACCGCUAACAGAGGAGCUGGUGUUCAGGGCUUGCAUGCUGCCCAUGUUGGUGCCCUGUGCUGGCCCAUCCAUUGCCAUCUUUACCUGCCCACUCUUCUUUGGAGUGGCUCACUUCCACCACGUGAUUGAACUGCUACGCUUCAGACAGGGGACUCUGUCGGGGAUUUUCCUCUCCGCAGUGUUCCAGUUCUCCUACACAGCAGUGUUUGGGGCCUACACUGCCUUUAUUUUCAUCAGAACAGGUCACCUGGUUGGCCCCGUCCUCUGCCACUCCUUCUGCAACUACAUGGGCUUCCCGGCCAUCAGCGCAGCCUUGGAGCACCCCCAGCGCCUCACCACCCUCUCCUGCUACCUCCUGGGCGUCCUCCUCUUCCUCCUCCUCCUCUUCCCUUUCACCGAUCCGUACUACUACGUCCUCCCGACACCGGUUUGCACCCUCACCCCCUCCCCCAGCUCCCUCUGCCUCUCCUGAUGUCCUGCCAAACCCUCCCCCACACACCUCUGCUUUGGUCAAGUCACCUUCUGCUGGUGGAGCAGUCGAGGUUGUGUUCUUUUGCCAAGUCAAAGUUCAGGUCAGGUCCAGUCCGGACCGGCAGUGCUAACAGCCAUAUGGGCUUCAUAGCCAUGCGUAGAUGAGGCACUUUUCAGUAGAUCCACUGAAGCUCAGGUGCAGAGUGAGUCAGUUUGAGACGGUGUGGUUCAUGUUGCUUGGAGCGAACCUGAGGCUGUCGGCCUCUGUGGACAUCUGUCAUCGCAGAGCUGUGCUGCUAACCUGAUAAGUGAUUGUAGUGUAGGCGUGUAUAAGACUGAAGAACAGUUUUGUCCUCACCUCUCAUGCUGAGAGGUCUCAUCAAGUUGGGCCAGAUGUUGUAAUUAUUAUUAUUAUUAUUAUUUUUAUUAUUAUGUUGUUUUCUCGUCUUUGUUUCAGUUCUUUAGCUUUGUGUGAUCACUGACCUGCUGGUUACGAUGCUAAUGGGUUGUAAAUAAAGCUCCAGUUUAGAUGUUUUGAGCAUCUUACAAUUUACACUCACUCACAGUUCACUCCCCAUCUUUUGAUAUUGUGUGUUUACACAUUCGCACACAAUGCAACAUGUCCGGUGUGGAGUUGCCUCACACCAUCAUGUUCUGGCCCAAAGCUUUAACUCCAUCCUUCCUCAACACUGAUUGCUUCUGUCCCUGUAAAAGUUCGCUUCACUUAGAACAGCAACUUGGUCAUCGUAACCAGCAGAAACGAUGGGAAACGAAAGUAAGAGCUGUAGAUGUAGUUUUGCUUCCCAGCAGGGUUUGGUCAAGUACUUGGAUUUAGGCUUAACUCAGCAUAAUUCGUUUUUGCAUAAAGCUUUAGGGGGUGGUUGGGUUCAUGCAUGGUCAUAUUUCAAGUCGGGCAGAUAAUAAAUGAAGCGAAGAACAAUUGGCUUCAGGUCUCAGGUUGGGUUUUGAAGCGGUACUGGGGGUUGGUAGCUCGACAAAGAUGGUGAAGUUAUAGAGUACAAAGUAGUAUAAAGGUCAAAAAUAUGCAAUUAUUUCCUGCAGUGUGAGUGGGAUAUGUUUUUUUUUCUUUUCAUAUCAACACACUUUCCUUUCUCUGCACUAGGUUCAGUUCUGGGCUCUUGUGUCUGCGGUUUCUCUCUGUAGGGAGAUAAUUAACGGGACUAAAGGACUGUUGGUGAUUUCUUGGUGUGAUGCUGAAAUUGGCAAAAUACACAAACAUGACACAUGUUUUCACUAGAGCAGUUUUCAUUUUUAAGGGUACUGUUUUAACGUGUGUUCAUGCUGGGUUUGACUGACUUGCUGCUGGGUCGUUUAGUGAGAUACAUGAGUAGUUGUUGAUGCUUAUGCUGUACAUUCCCUGCAGCUGAUAGGAGCUUACUGUUGCUAGAAUAGUUCUAGUCUGGUUCUGCCCAGAUAAGGCUCCAACCACUACAUUGACUACAUGUAAAUUUUAAUUGUAACUGUGGAUAAUGGUCAUGUUGAAUGGCUGAUCCUGAUACAUCCUGUGACCCACUAUGCAGCUAGCUGAGACGUUCUGGUAGCAGCAUGUCCACAUGUUGGUAUUUUAUAUUUCUCUGCAUGACGUGCCAGCCCCAGGUCCCUUUUUGUGGAGUUCCUUUAGGAUUAAAGUCAAGACAAAAUUCAAACCUUCAGGCUUGAAAGCAGUUGGGAGCAGCAGUAGUAGCAGAUCAUACACUGAUCUGCUACUACUUGUCUGGCAUGGAACCAAAGCCGCAGGAUGGUUUCAUGACUUUUUGUGAGGUGGCUCUGUCUCAGUGAGCGAAAAGGAAUCAGGGUCUGUAGUUUUCUUUCAGAGUUUGCUAUGAACCAUGUCAGCUACUAAUUAAUUGUCCACGGGGACACUGCCACAGGGAACAUUACCUUUAGGGGAAAAUAACUGCCCAUUGCUGUGCUCUGGCUUUUCUCUAACGUCGGCCCAUUUUUUUUCCUUUGUAUUUGUGCUAUAGAUAAAACAAUUGCAACCGGUGAACCUCGGCUGCCGUAUAGUCCUAGAGUUCUAGGAUGUGUUUAUCCCCAUAGGACGCUGCCUCCUAGAAUGAAUUUGCACUAGUUAUAGAUGGAGUAGAAUGACAUCAUGGCGUGUCGGUCUAGUGAUCAGCUGCAGACGGAGCUGGCAGGUGUGUUAUCAGCUCCACUUCAAGAACAGUGUUUGCGAUUAUGCGAUUUGACAUUUCCUUGUAUCAGAAUUACAGUGACAUGCAUGACUUUCUAUCAUCCAGGCAGUUUUUUGCCUCAUCCUCUUUUCCCCCGGAUUCGUUGCACACGGUCAUUUCUUCCUUGGCGCAGUCUGACUCCUUAACCUCUGUCUCUGCAUCCUGGUUCCUAGCUCACAGUGGGGUUUACGAUGCCUCUGGGAGUAACACAACCUAAAGGCAGAAACUCUAUAAGCUAUACUGAUACUGUGAAUAGAAGUGAGCUACUUGGGUCUUGAGCAAUAAAUCAGUACGCGGAUCCAGUGUAAAUACGAAGAAGAAGAAUGUAACUCCGUCGAUUCUGUGGCUGCAACUGACCGUGAUUUAUUUUGACCUGUUAAAAAUCUAGUGACAGGAUUGUUUACAAACGUUGGGCAGGUAACGAUGAGACGACUCGUGCUGUACCUACUUGAAGCUGCCAGCAGGGGGCGUGAAAGCACUUUGCAGAGAGGCAGGGCUGCUGUGAGGGCACUGAUCACUAUCUGCUGGGAAGUCACCGAGGUUUUCUGUCUGUUUUCGUUCGUGUUUGAAGCAUCUAAUGGACUGAUGCUGCAGUUUAUGAGAUAGUGUUGCAUUUCUGAUUUUUACAACACACAUCUGCCUCAAAGCUAAAGCCGUUCUGUGCAGUUUUUACCGCGCGUGUCAAUACGGUGACUUCACAUCAUUGACUUCACACUGGCUGUGGCUCGUUAAAUUACGUUGCAUAGAUUCAGAUCUAUUGCUUAUACUCUGAUAUGCCAACCAGACUCAAUACAAACUGAUGAACAUGAAACUUAAACCAGACACUUUUACAACAGAGGAUUGGGUGCUGUAAGACAAACUACGAUGCAUAAUACACAGAAAAAUGUCUCAAGAUGAACAUGCAGAGAAAUAUGACGUGAUGGGAGAAGAUGAGAGUCAAAGUAAAUGAAUGUUCCGCCCUUUUUUUUUCAACUCCCCUGCUACAGACCUGUUGAAUAAUGCAGCACUUGUCCUGCAGCCUUUAUAAAAUAGAUGCCAUUAGUUUCCAAUUAACAAUAAAUGACUGUAAUGCAGAAUUACUAAAAACUGAGGAUAUAGAUUUGAAAACAAUUUUCUUUUUUACACACUAUCUGCCUCACAUUCUGCAGUAGCUCCAGUGUUUUAGUCUGUUGGCUUCUCGUAACCCGCUCAUCCAUGUGAUCAGUAAAGCCUCAAUUAUAGACCUUUACUCAUAGGUUGUCGGACCCGACGCUGCAGCCUGACAAGCACGUCCUCGCAAAUGUAACUGUGGGUCACUCAGACCAUAGCAACACUGGUGUGCAUGGUAACGUCAUGGUCGUGCAGACCAGUCUCCAUGUUCACGAUCGUCACUGUUGCACUCAUUUCAAUGCAAACCAAGGCUGCUGAGCUUCACCAGCGUCAUCUGCUUCAUGACGUGCUUCCAGUCGCUGUUGUUUGUGUAGCACUGGUGGUUUAGUGGUGAGAACGCGGAAGAGCACGCCGAGGUCCUGAUAACCUGAGGUCCUCGCGCUCAGGCCCCCUGAGCUUUGUACUUUUGAAUCACUCUAAUUGCAGCACGUCUCAUAUCCAGGGCCAUUAUUUUGUAAAGAUUUCCCACAAUUUCCUACGCAGUGAACCGAAACCUGGGAAAUCGGUGCUCCAUCAUUCCCUGGUGGAGCACAGGGCUGGAGAGGAAACGUAGCCCUUGAUCCACACAUUCAUGUCUCUAUGCUGUAGCCUGCUCUGAUAUGCCCUCAGAUAUGUGAGCUUGAUCAGAUGGGCGUUUUCUGCUGUGGUUUAGCUUUAAACCGGAUGCCAUCAUACGGUCACCCGGUCCCGUUCGGACUCCAGGGUUCCUCCCGCCCCCUCACUGUAUGUUUUGCUCAUUAAAGUCCAGGUUCUCCACUCCUCGACCAACCACGUCAGCUUUGUCUCUGCUUUUCCAUAAACUCGCAGAAAUGUGAGCUGCUGCUUUUUCCAGGUGCAACGGUCCAACCAAGCUCUCCAGAUGGUGUUUGCAUGCAGACGCUCGUCUACUCAGAAUAUUUUUUCUCCUAGUGCUUGGCAGAUUCGAGUUGCGUUUCAGGUCAGAUGGGGUCACAGCGCUCAUUUAGCUUUUUAUUGCUGUCACAGGAAAACAGGUCCUUCAAACGGUAGAUUCAGACAACAAUCACGCGUCAGUAUUUGGUGAAGAGGCUGAACCUUCGUGAGCGCAGCGGCAACAGAGACUCUAUUUUUGCUGAACUCCAGCACCUUCGUCAUUUUAAAAUACACCCAGAGGAGGAAUCGUUGGAAAAAUGUGCAUUUUCGGGAAUGGCGUCAGAAAGUUUUCAGACCGCUUCACUAUUACACACAAAUGCUAGUUUAAAGAUAAUAGUAGUAGCUACAAAGUGUAGAUACAUGUAAAAUGGCAGCUUUUCCAAUCACAUGAAGUCAGUAAUGCGCUAAUGAUAAUCGAUGACUUUAAAAAGUGGAGGCUCUGAAAACUUCCUGAAGCCGGCGUGUGACUAGCGGGGGAGCUGCAGGAAGCCAACUCGCUGAUGUUUGUAUGGAGCACUAUAUUUUCUAAUCUAUUUUGGUGACGGGAACAGAGUGUACAGAUGUGUGCAUGUAUUUUCUGCUCAUUGUGUCACAUUUGUUGUGCACUUAGAGGCGUCUUUUAGUACGACAAUCUUUUACAGAACCCAAUCACUGCAGAGCAACCGUUUUGAAAUAAAAGUGGUUUUCUACA